AUGACUUCGACGUUGGAUUGCAUGCCUAAUGUCGUGGAGACGGACAGUGCACCCAACCUCUUGACCCAAACCACUGCUCGAAAGAGAGACCCCGACACCCGAUUCGUUCUGGUCAGCCCUUACAAGUCGUCGGGGGUACGGGGGACAUCAAACGAGUUUGUACGACUGCCAGUCGAGAACAUUCCUCCGCCUGUCGUACGAAAAUCUUGGAAGUACCCGGAAUACGUCAACUUUGCCGAACGCUAUGCCAGCUUUAAAGAAUGGCCCAAGUUUCUCAAAGGUCCCAACAAGACGGAUCUAGCACGAUCUGGGUUCAUUUACACCGAGAUCGGAGACAAAGUCACUUGCUUCUCCUGUGGCUGGACUCUGAAGAAUUGGGAACCCUUCGACGAUGCCUACAGAGAACAUCUCCGCUGGUCCGAGAAUUGUGUCUUCGCUAACAUGGUGACCGAUGGAAAAGUACGAUGA